UACAUCUAAAUCAAUUACGGGUCACGAGUUCCGAUUUAGCAGACGGCAUGCUUAUGUUUACAUAACAUAUUACCGAACAACGUUAACGAAUAAGUAUUGUCAAACAUUUAAAGAAAGGAAUAUAUCUGACUUAUUGACACCAUCUGUCCCGCAUUUUCUCUCAGUUUUUAUGAACUUUCGAUUUUACAUAAUGCAACUGUAAUAUUUCUUUUUACUUUUUAUGAAGUAAUUUGAAAAAAUGAAAGGAAUAUUGUUGUUUGAUAAUUUAAAUGAUGUUGCAUUCUAUGAUAUUGAUGUGGAGUUAUCACAACAUAUUCAAAAAUUAGGAAUUAAAGAUGGUUUAAUAGAAACAUUUUCUGUCAAUGAGGAGAAGAGGAUUGACAAAAAUGUUUUGAUGCAACUUUUUUCACCCUUAAUUGCAUCUUAUAAGGUGAUGCAAGGACAAUUUGGAAAUAAAUAUAGAUACGUUGAGUCUGAAGAUGGUUUGUUGUUGGUUUUUGAUGAAGUGUUGAAUUACGUUGCUGUAAGUAUUUGUCAUGAAGAGGAAAAACUUGAAGAAGUUCAAAAGGAACUUAGCUUAUUUUUAAUUGUAGUAGAGAUGUUAUUUGGACCUACGCUACAUUUGUUGAAAGGUGAAAACAUUCCUCUUAAUGAAUCUAUUUCUAGAUCUGAACUAAUUGUUCUAAUUUUGAACAAGUGGAGAGUUUUAAAAUCAGAACAGCAGAUAUAUUUGGUUGAGGCAGUUGAAAGACUGAUAAUUAAUCAAGACAUAACAGCAAUGUGUAUAAAUUUACUACAAGUAGUUCUUGAAAAAGUUAGACAAACCCACAAAGAUGGAACAUACUUACAUGCCUUUGUCCUAGUAGAUACUAAACUUUUGGCCCUCUAUUCUAGCCGAAAUUCAGGACACUUGUCUAAAGAGAUACUUUUGUUUUUAAUUCUUAUUGUACAAGUAUUGAAAACCCCAACAACUACAUCAAAGUCUGAAGAAAUAGAAAACCCGCUCUCUGAUGAUGAGUUUUUUAUCCCAAUAUCUAAUGUAACCAAAGCAGCUUUACUCAAUGAAGAAAAUCAAACAAAAAAAUCAUCCGGUUUCAAAGAAGAAGAGAGUAAAGUUGGUUCCCACAGUUUACUGAUCUAUUUAAAGUCACGAGCUGGCCUACUUGUGCCCCAUAUUCUCUACAUAAUUGAAGUCACAAACAGAAUCACCCUUACAAUUCUGUAUGAGUUUACUGCACAAGGAGUCCUAUCUGGGAAUAUAGCUUCACUUAUUAAGCAGUUAAAUAAUUUACUAUAUCAUCCUCUUCAACGCCAUCCUAUGGGCAAUUUUGUAGAUCUUGAAAGAGACUUCAAAAAAUUGACUGAUAUGCUUUGGAAAAUGAAAGCCCCCGUUGAUAGGGAAAGACAUGUUAGAAGGUUAAUAACAAAAUGGGACCAAUUAAAGCAAUCUGACCUUGAAGAAUUCUUCAAAAACCCCAAAAACAAGAUAACAAAUCCAAGAUUGGAAUCUGGACUCUCUUCAUGUUGUGAACUGCUCAUGACGGUCUUUGAGGACAUCAUUGCCCGACCCUGCCUUCAAUAUGAGCAAAAGUCCCACUUGCCAGAUCACCAAGAAAUAUUUAAAGUGAUUCAGAAGCUCAGUGUUAAACGCCUCAGCGAUGUUGCCGAUUUUCUUGAAGUUAAAUCAGUGCAGAACAUCACUAUGGCAUCAUAUAUUACAGACUAUCCUGGUCUUAUUCAUUUUAUUUACAUAGACAGAAACUGUGAUUGCAUGAUUGCUCCCAUUAUUACUUUGAAGAAAACUCAUCUGAAUGGUACACCCUCACUCAAGUUAAAAAUAUGGAAGAUGGUGUCUACUGGGCGAAAGUACAUAGAUGGUGCUGAGAAUUUUUGUUGUCUUUGGAAAGAUGGAGAUCUGAACUUUUUCUACCAUGUUUGGUUUGAAGACUCAACGGGUAGAGUGAUUAAACCAACCGUUCAACCAUCUGUAAAAAAACUUCCAAAAAAGGGAAUAAUGUGUGGCAACUAUUAUAAGAAGCUCAUAAAAGAAUGUUUUCCUGGAGCUGCUCAUAACCAUAUUCAUUGCUACGAAUUCUUCAGUGCUCAUUUGAGCUCCACCGAUACAGAUGUCAUUAUUGAACACAGCAAAAAGCUUUGCGCACAACUAUGGAAUUUCACAGGAGCUUAUAGAACUUCUUUAGAUUUACUGAAUGGUCUGCUAAAGAGAGAAGGUGAAAAAAAAUGACUAUUUUGAUAAUUAUCCUUUCAUCACAGAUAGUAAAUGAGGGCAUAAUAAAAAAAAGAUCUUAUGAGUCCAACAAUUCUACAUAAUUUGCAGGAAAGAGACCAUAAGAACCAUCAGGAGCCAUACCCUGCCACCAACCUUCAUCAAUUUGUUCUAUCUGGGUGAUUAUGUCAUCAGGGUCAAAUGAAAUUUCAGUCUCAUCAGCUGAAAUAAAGAAUAAUAAUUAUGAGCUGAUGCCUACUAAUUUUAUACUUCAAAAAGUUCUAUUUCAUCAAUGAGCACUUUUAUAUUAUUAACUGCAGAUAGAGAAAGCAAUUUUUUUUAUGCUUCACUAUCUUUCUUGCACGCUCGGAUUAUACCAUUUACUUAUUUUUAUAUUUGUGAUAAAUAUUAAAGCUGUAAUCCUUAAAUAUCUAAGGAUUAGUUUAGAUGUAUAUGUGCUACUUAGUUCUUUAAAACAUAGUUUCUAUGUUUUUAAAAAUUCAUGGCCUGGCAUUAAUCUACAAUAUCAAUAAAAUGAUAAGUUUGUGUAUGUCAA